GGGGGGGGGCGAGAGACUCAGAUAGUGAGUCCGACCUGGACGUGAUGGAGGUUCGUGGGCCAGGGCAAGCGACACCGUUCGUGCGCGAGGAGGCGCCGACGGCACCCGGCAACGGGAUCCCGGGGGACGGAGGCAGCGUUCCCCCGUCACCCCCUUCGGGAAGGGGCGACUUCGUCGGAGGCAGUGACAUCCCCACCGACAGCAGCAGCAGCAGUGGCCCGAGCAGCAGAAGUAGUGACGCCGGCGGUGCCGGCGGCCCGGGCGGGGAAGCGCCCAGCGACCCAGGUGGGGACGGCGGUAGCGGUGGUGAUCCCGGCGACUCCGAGAACCUCGAGGAGUUGAAGUAUGAUCCAGCCGACGACCGCUACCCCGGCGGGCUAGAAGGGAAGAAACUCCUCUGGGGCGCCUCGAACGCUGGCCCGCUGCGCCAUGGGCUUGAGAGUGGCCGCACGCGGAAGCAGACCCGGGAGAUGCAAGGUGCCGGGGAGAUGCCGGGGCCAGGAGAAACACCCGAACCGGAAGAGGCACUGCUGGCGACCAUCCUGGAAACUGGCGGGACGGGGAUUGUUGAGGACUACAUCUGCAACUCGCUUGUGAAGGAGCAGUGGCAGGAGGAGCAGACACGCGGUAUGGAGGAGAUGUACAGGCGCGAGAUGCAGGAGGUGUUGGGCCCGGAACAGCAGGCGUUCAGGGCCGAGGUCGACGCCAGCGAGUCUUCGCAACCUCUCCCAGACCCACAGCUAAGUAUGACCUCGCCAAUUGGGCAGAAGCCGAGUGAUGUGGAAGCAGUACCGAUGACGUACAAGAAUGUGAUGUGGUCCAAGUACAAGGAGGAGCAGACACGCGGUAUGGAGGAGAUGUACAGGCGCGAGAUGCAGGAGGUGUUGGGCCCGGAACAGCAGGCGUUCAGGGCCGAGGUCGACGCCAGCGAGUCUUCGCAACCUCUCCCAGACCCACAGCUAAGUAUGACCUCGCCAAUUGGGCAGAAGCCGAGUGAUGUGGAAGCAGUACCGAUGACGUACAAGAAUGUGAUGUGGUCCAAGUACAAGGUUUUCUGGCAGGCGGCCAUGAAGAAAGAGAUAGAUGACCACGACAAGACUGGAACCUUUACCAAGGUCAAGGAGCUGCCCGAGAGGCGGAAGGCCAUAGGUUCAAAGUGGGUGUUCUCUUGGAAGACGAAUGAGAAGGGCCUGAUAGUCGACUUCAAGGCCCGUGUGGUUGCGCGGGGUCUCUCUCAAAUCCCCGGCAUCGACUUCUACCACUCAUCCUCAGCGUGCCCGUCUGCAGCGUCUAUCAAGACGGUGAUUGCCGUAGCCACUGAAAAGGGCAAGAAAGUCGCUCACUGGGAUGUGAAGCAAGCGGCCGACCCGUGUGUCUUCCGGAAGGUGGUGGAUGGAGAGGUCGAAGGUCUCGUCGUGAUCCACGUUGAUGACAUCUUAGUGGCGGCAGACGAGGGAGAGAGAGAGGAGUUGUUCGCUUCCCUCAACAAGAAGUUUCCGGUGAAAGAUCUGGGGGAGUGUAUCUGGUACGACGGGUGUGCUAUUGCCAUGGAUGUAGAAAUGACAUCACCAAGCUGUCCCAGAUAGCAUACAUUGAGAGUAUGCUAAAGCGGUUUGAUGUGACCACGACCGCUUUCACCCCUGCUGCCACCGAUGCCGGCCUGGGGCCGAAGAGAGAUGACGAGCCCGCGGUGGAUAAGCCUGUGAGGGAGGCGAUCGGAUGCCUGAUGAGGACGAAGCUGACGAGGCCAGACAUCGCCCUGCCUCUGAACAAGCUCCAGAAGAUCGCCCACUCACCCACCGGGAGGAUAUAGAACGCGCUUGUGCGGGUCAUGUCCUACCUGAACUUCACGAAGGACUUCGGCAUCACCUACGUACGGGGGUUCAGGACUAGACCUAUGCGUGUUUGUCGACGCCAGCUACGCUGACAAUGAAGUAGACAGGCGUUCUACGACCGGGCUAGCUGUGACCGUAGGUGGUACCGUAGAGUUUUCAUCCACCAAAACACAGCCAGUGACGGCUCAGUCGACCUCGGAAGCAGAGUAUAUUGCAGCCGGGGAGGGCGUGAAGGAGGCGUUGCUUGUGCGUGGCGUUCUGUCGUUCAUAGCGCCCGAGACGAGUGGGGCGAAGAUCAAGGUCCGUGAGGACAACCAGGGGGCUCUCGCCUUCAUCGAGAACCCGUUCAGCUCAGCGAGGAGCAAGCAAUCGACGUGCGGUUCCAUUUCAUUCGC